GCGAGGACUAAAGUUUUGGUGGACGGUCCCUUGGCGCGCGGGGGAGCCGGAGAGGCAGCAGAGCGCAGCCGCUCGGUUACAGUCCGGCUCGGUGCGACGACGCUCGCUGUGUGUGAAUGACGACGCAGGGAAACCCUCCACCGCUUCGCAUGAGCCGAGCCGGCGCUUCUUCUGUCUGAGCUGGAUUUACAACACCCCUCACCGUCACCUCGCUUCUCCCACCGAGAGAGAGACGUGUCCCCGUGAUGUUCCAGCCUCCAUCUUCGCUGUAAUCAGGAGCAUGAGGAGAUGACCGGCGUGUAGAGCCCUGAGCAGAGGAGCUGACGGUAAAUGAGAGGCCGUCACCAUGCCCCCGGGGAAGUAUGGGAUGCAGGAGGAAUGGGAGAAGGAGGGGGACCAAGGGAUCGUGAUGGACUUCCUGCUGCCUACCGGGAUCUUCCUCAAAUUCCCUGUGUCUCGACACGACACCAUCAAGAGCAUCAAAAAAAUGGUUUGGAAAAAUGCCAGAAGUGAGGCACUGUUCAGUGCACUGGGUGAUCCCGACGCGUACGUCUUCACCUGCAUCAACCAGACAGCAGAGAGGGAGGAGCUGGAGGAGGAAUCGAGGCGCAUCAGCGACGUGCGGCCCUUCAUGUGCGUCCUGAGGCUGGUGGCGAGGGAGGGCGACCGAGUGGAGAAGCUCACCAACACACAAAUCAGCCUGUUGAUUGGAAAAGGUCUGCAUGAGUUCGAGGCCCAGAAGAACCACGAGGUGAACGAGUUUCGGACGAAGAUGCGCACCUUUUGCGAAGUAAAGGCUCAGGAGCGGCAGGCGUUGCCGUGGCAGCAGUGGAUGGAGUACAGCUUCCCAUGUGACUUGGAGCCAUGCUGCUUUCCACCGGCAUGUGGGAGCGUCAAGUCAAAGAACGCCAAGAAGAUUUUCAUCAACGUCAAGUUUGAGGCUAGCGAUGAGAGCUUCAUGCUGCAGCAGGAUCCUCAGGACUUCCCGGUGGCUCUGAUGAGGAGUGCCCUGAAGAAGAAGGCCACUGUCUUUCGCUCUGUGAGACAGGAGCCCGAGGACUACACCCUACAGGUGAACGGGAGUUGGGAGUUCAUCUAUGGGAACCAUCCCAUGUGCCAGUUCAAAUACAUUUUCUCAUGUUUGAGAAAUGGCCAAAACCCUCAUCUCACCAUGGUGCACCACUCCACCAUCAGCAAAUAUCAGGAGGAGCAGGGCCGGAUGUGCAGCCAGGUAUUCAAGAGUCGCUCCCUGUCCAGACCUCCUCCACUGCCCCUGAAGAAGCAGAACACCUCCUCUCUUUGGUCCAUCAAUGAGCCUUUCUACAUUCACCUGCUGCAGGGCAGCCGAGUCAACGCAGACGAAGGAAUGAAGCUGGUGGUGCAGGCCGGCCUGUUCCACGGCAGCGAGCUGCUCUGUAAGGUGGUGACGAGCUCGGAGGUGACUGUGUGCUCUGAGCCGCUGUGGGAUCAGAAGCUGGAGUUUGACAUCAACGUGGCCGACCUGCCACGCAUGAGCCGCCUGUGCUUCGCUCUCUACGCUGUCAUAGAGAAAGCCAAGAAGCCCCGAGGCACCAAAAAGAAGAAUAAGAAAGCGGACUGUCCCAUAGCCUGGGUGAACACCAUGGUGUUCGACUACAAGGACCAGCUGAAGACCGGGGAGUUCCUCUUGUCCACUUGGCCAUCUCUUCCGGAUGACAAAGGCGACCUGUUGAACCCGAUGGGAACAGUCGAGAAGAACCCCAAUGUGGACAGCGCUGCCGGGCUUCUCAUUCGCUUCAGCAACAUCCGGCCACAUCCUCUCUAUUACCCUCCACUUGACAAGAUAAGUGACGUGGAGAGGAACGGUGAUGCAGCUAUUGCCACUAAAGAAGAGUACAUGAAGCUAAAGGAAAUCAUGGACAACAAAAACUACACAGAGUUCUUCGAGGACGAGAAGGAGCUCCUGUGGAAGCUGCGUGCAGAGGUCCGCGACCGUUACCCAGAGAGUCUGUCCAAGCUGCUCCUCAUCACCAAGUGGAACAAGCGUGAGGACGUAGUUCAGAUGGUGAGUUUACUGAGGAACUGGCCGGACCUCCCUGCCAUCCACGCCUUGGAGCUCUUGGACUACAGUUUCCCCGACCCAGCGGUCCGUUCUUUCACUAUCAGAUGCCUCAGGAAGCUCAGUGAUGACGAACUGCUGCAGUACUUAAUCCAGCUGGUCCAGGUCUUGAAGUAUGAGUCCUAUCUAGACUGUGACCUCGCCACUUUCCUGUUAGAGAGGGCUCUGUCUAACAGGAGGAUAGGACACUUUCUGUUCUGGCAUCUCCGGUCGGAGACUCACGUGGCGUCUGUGAGUUUGCGCUUUGGCCUGAUUCUGGAGGCCUACUGCAGGGGAAACAUCCAACACAUCAAGCUCUUAACCAAACAAAACGAGGCUCUGGGCAAAAUGAAGGCUCUGAGUGACUUCGUCAAGUCAGGCUCCCAGAAGAUGACGGUGGAUGACCUGAAGCUAUGUAUCAGACAGGAGUCCUACCUGGAGGCCCUGUCAGACCUGCUGUCACCACUCAACCCCAGCAUCGUCCUCACUGAGAUCUGUGCAGAGAAGUGCAGGUUCAUGGACUCCAAGAUGAAGCCGCUCUGGCUGAUGUAUAAGAACCCCUGUGCUCAAGGAGACAUGGUGGGCAUCAUCUUCAAGAAUGGAGACGAUCUUCGGCAAGACAUGUUGACCCUCCAGAUGAUUCGGCUCAUGGAGAAUUUAUGGAAAAAGGAAGGCCUGGAUCUCAGGAUGAUCCCUUAUGGCUGCUUGUCCACUGGGAACAAGAUGGGUCUUAUUGAGGUGGUGAAGAACUCAGACACCAUCGCCAAUAUCCAGCGUAACAGCAGUAACAGUGCCGCCACUGCAGCCUUCAACAAGGACGCCCUGCUCAACUGGCUCAAAUCAAAGAAUCCUGAGGACAAACUUGAUAAGGCAAUAGAGGAGUUCACGCUGUCCUGUGCUGGCUACUGUGUAGCUACUUAUGUCUUGGGCAUCGGCGAUCGUCACAAUGACAAUAUCAUGAUCAGGGAAACUGGACAGCUCUUCCACAUUGACUUUGGGCAUUUCCUGGGCAACUUCAAGCGAAAACUGGGCAUCAACAGGGAGCGUGUGCCUUUCAUCUUGACAUACGACUUUGUCCACGUGAUCCAGCAAGGACGGACGAACAACAGUGAGAAGUUUGAGAGGUUCAGGGAGUACUGUGAGCGGGCCUAUAAGAUCCUGUGUCGGAACGGGACGCUGUUCGUCAACCUCUUCGCAAUGAUGAAGGCAGCAGGACUGCCAGAGCUCACCUCCUUCAAAGACAUCCAGUAUCUGAAGGACUCUUUAGCUUUGGGAAAAUCAGAUGAAGAGGCACUGAAGAAUUUCAAAGUCAAGUUUAACGAAGCUCUGCGGGAGAGCUGGAAGACAAAGGUCAACUGGAUGAUGCACUCCUUGGCCAAAGAUAACAGACCAUGAGGAACACUGCACCAAGGGACCUGAAGAAAGACCAAAAAUUAUGGAUUUUAAUUUAUGGAGACAAAAGGGAUGAAAACACAAUCAAAUAUGUUACUUUAUUAAUGGCAUUCAAAGACACUCAGCAAUUGUUUACAAUUUACUGGCCUGUCUGUGGUACAUAACGACUAAGUGGAGGCGUCCGAAGACAAUGAAACGUCCGUGGAACAUAUUUUCAAGGAAAUACAUCACACUCAUCAUUUUCCCAUCACACAAUAUGGAAUGCCUUGAGGACAUAUCAACAAAAUAUGUAUAAACUAUGCUUUUUUUGAUGUGUAAGAAAUUGCUACUUGAAAACCACCUGCUCCUGCAGAAGCGUCAUGAAUCACUGCAACAGAAGCUUGGACUGAAAGUUCAUCUCACCGACUGCAUUACUCAGCAGGGAGCAAACUGCAUACAAACUUUAUGACAACUUUAGUCUUGGAGUACAAUAACAGGGCGGCAGUUUCACCUCAAGUCUUUUGUAAGGUUUACAACCCUCGAUGGCUGUGUCAUUUCCUCUCAUUUCAAAUGCCUCUUUGCAAUUGUGUCUUGUAUUUUUGAUUUUUAUUCUGUGGUAUUUUAUUUAAUUUGGUAACUCUGCAGUACUUGUACAAAAUCAUGAAGGAUAUUUUAAAGAGAUGUGUUUUACUGCUGUAUCACUUAUUGAUGUGUAAUAUUGCCUUGAAGUACAGUAUGUCGCCUUCGUAGUGCCAGUAGACAGGAAGCAUUGUAACAUUAUACAGAUUAUUGUAAGGUGAGAAAAUAACUUGACAUGGGACCUUUUAUUUAAUAUCAUUCCUUUUUACCAGCCUGUGAGUCAUAACAGACUCUUACCAAACAGCUACUGUGCAUCAAAGCAAUAGUUUGAUAUUUUGAUAAAUGUGCUGAGAGUUAGAUGAAGAGUUCAUAUCACUCUUUUUGGGCCCCCACUACACGCACAUAUUGAUAUUUGGUAAACAAACAAAAUCAAAAUUGAUUAUUAUGCCUAUUAAUUUAGUUAGAUAAAUAUUUCAGCGUAUCUAUUUUUACUUCUGUAGUCAUGUGCAAUUGGCUAAUGUUAUAUUUAUUGGAACAAUAUAGUUGCUGUGAUUUUUAUUUUAUACCAGGGUCUCUACAUAUGAACACAAGCAUUGAGAACAUUGUGGACACAGAGUUUACUAUAAAUAAAGUUUCUGAACCACUCACAUUAGCAGUAGCUUCUUCCUCUAGCUGUCGUCAUGGCAGCCCAGACAUACUCAGGAUCGACACAUCUGGGUAGAGUGUAUGUGGUUCAGUUGAGCUAUUUGUAGAGACCCUGGUGAUACCACGAGCAAAGUUUCAUGUUGUGUCAAGCCUUCUUAGUGUUUUAAAAAUAGCAAUUUUGAAAAGUGCCCCAAGCAUUAAAUCCUGCCAAGAUAGUGACUAAGCCAGGCUACGGGAUUCCCUCUGUUUCAAUAUCUUUAGCUGAGCUAACUGUCUCCUGGCCUGUCUCCUCUUAAUAUUUAAUGGACAUGAGAGUGGUAUUGCUUUCUCUCGUCUAACUCUCCACACGAAGACAAGUAGGUGUAUUUUUUUCAAAAUUUAAGACUAUUCCUUUAAUCACAGCUAUCAUGAGCAAAUGAAAACUAAAUGUUCUCAAGCACCAGGCAAAGAUAUAUAAAUGUUUGGUCAAAGGAUCAGACAAAAAUUAUGAAUACAUGAGGCAUUAAGACCCAAAUAGGUAAAUCAUCUAUGGACUCAUAUAAGCCAUAUACUGGUACUUUACACAUGGACCUUUUGAAAGUGUGAAUCUGAACCUUGUGUACUUUCUCAGAUGAUACUGUCUGUGUGUAUUUGUAUGUGUGUGUGGUGUGUGUGUGUGUGUGUGUGUGUGUGCGUGUGUGUGUGCCUGUGUUAUUCUCUGAUAUUUAAGUUAUACACUGUAAUUCCCGUUGCAUUGUAGAGCUGAUGUGCCAGGUGCCAUGAAAGAGAUUUCAUGCUUAUAGUGUCAAACACCUCCACGUUUUGAUGUAUCUAAUGCUCUUCAAAAUGGUGUUUGUCUGUUCAAGCUGUGUGAUUCAACUCUAUGGUGCUUUUAGAUUAUUUUACAUGCCGUAUAUCUUGCCGUCAGUCCUGCAAGGAAGACGAUGAGCUUCUCACAGCCUUCUCAUUUGGCAUGACAGUCAAUGAUCUGCACCGGUUGUAUGAGUCUCUGUGUGAUGAUGACUUCUACAGCAUAGCAAGAGCUGCUGUAGAUUACACAGCGAGAAGAUUUAAAAGCUUCUCAAAUAUUCACUGUGGACUAGACUUUAAACAUGGGUCAUCACUGUCCCUCAGUAUUGGCUCAGCUAAACACUGCUGCUUUAAGCUGCUUUAAGCCGUGAGGAGUGGGUUUAUGGAGUUGAGCUACUUUUGCAAGUUGUGAAAAUAAAAUGUACUGCUGUUGCCUUUUGGGCUGAUUGUAAUUCAUGAAUUCAGUGAAAUGGUACAAAUCUCUUCAGAUUCAGGCCUCAUUCUCAUGUGUGCAGCUAAGACAGAUAAAUCCUCCUGACCUGUACUUUAUCUGCAUCCUGUUUUUAUUUUUGUUUCACUUGCUGUUGGGAGGGAAACGUGCACUCAAUAAACACUUUGCAACAGCAGAGCGCACUGAUGCUUUCAAGAAUCCAAUA